AUGGACCGUUCGCGAUCGCCAGCUGGCCACACUGCCUCGCCCACCGUCCGCCUCCAGGCCAUGCCGGUACAACAAAGAGCACGCGAGGUUACCGUCACCCGCGCCAUGUCGUCGGCCCUGCCCGCCAUCAGGACAACCUACCUCGCAUCUCUAGGCGGUCCCGACUCGGCUUCAGACAUCGAGACACCAUCGACAUCAGCCUCGACAUCCAUCGCGACACCGCAUUCGGCGCUCAGAGCUCUGGCACCAUCUCUGCGCCCCUUUCACAAACCCAACCCGGCGGAAAUGUCGCCCUCGUACGUCGAGCCGGGCUUUCACCGCCUCCCAGACGCGUGGACGCUGCGCCAGAGCCACGAUGCGGACGACGGGACUCACGAGUCCCUCGCAAUGCCCUCGGCUCGAGCUCAAGGUGCAGCGAGCGGAGGCUUGCCCGCUCUUGCUCUGCACAGAGCCACGGUGCCAGACCUCACCGCCGAGCUAGGAGCUCUUCACCUCUACGCUGAUCAACCAAAGCCAGCCGCUGGCUUUGGCGAGGCGUAUGCCUUUGCGCCGAGUGUUGGCUCGCCCUCUGCGCUCUCGAGCGCUUCUCGCACUAGCACCAGCGAAUCGUGCAACCCAGGAUCGAGCUUCGUCGAUCGCCUGCACCCGCGCUCCUCGGACAGCGAGGUCUCGUCGGCAUCCCAGCACAGCUCCGACAGCGCCAACGUAUACCCUUUCACCAACGAAGAGGCCCAGUCGCGCCUAUGGCUCGAUCCCGCCAGCGAGUGGCCCUCACGAGGAGGCGGAGCGGUCCACGCGCGGCAGCCAAACGAGGGCUCCCGUUCCAUCACCUCGCCCUGCCAAAUCCACGAGCAGGCUCAGGACUUCGCUCCUGACGCACCCUCCGGUAGCCUGUCCGACUCGCCCAGGUUGCAACGUCGGGUUCCGGCUUCCCCCUGCUUUGACCAUCCUGCCGAUGCCGCGUCGGCUGCGGCGACGAGCCCUUCCGCUUGCUACCAGCCGAGCCCGAGCAGAGACGGAGACUUUGGUGAUACCCGCUCGGCACGGAGGACCGAAGGCGUGCGGCGACAUGCAGUCUCCAUCGAGCCUGAGCAGCUGCUCACCAGGCUCCUGUCCGUAAGCUGCGUGCGCCAGCACCCACCGCAGCCGUCCCAGCCCGCUUGGCCGUCCUCGUAUUCUCUGCUCGGAUGCGGUUCCGGGGCAGCAGGCGGAUUGGCGAAGCCUAACUGUGAAGCGGCAGACGCCAAGGGCGAGCCACGGCUUUCCGAGCGUCGCACGCCCAGCUCAAACGUCGACGGAAGCCCGGACGCCGCGACCAGCGGCGGCGGCAGCUGCAGCCGGGCCCCAUUCUUUCUUCGCAACAACAAUAAUUCGAAUCGGCCAUUAUCCGACGACGGCGGGCACUACGACCGCGCCUAUUCAGUCCGGCCUCAAGACACCGACAAGGAAUACAAAUCUCGGCCAACACUAAGCAGCACGACGGCCCGCACCUCCGCUGCCUCCACAGCAAGCAGCGCAAAUACAGCCACGACUGCAGCUGCCGCCGCCGAACUCCGCACCGCCACGGCACCGGCCGUCGAGCCGCACCACCAGACCUACCACCCAACCCUCAACCUCGACCAGCUCCACACGUCUGCCUGGUGCUCGUCAACGGCAUCAGCUGCCCAACGACCACCAUCACCGUCACCAGCACCGCCGUCAGCAUCGCACACGGCUUCAGCACCAGCAGCGGUAGCGGCAUCAGGAGCGGCCUCUUCAGCGCCACCAAUCUCCUUCUCUUCGCGCUCAGCCGCCAUUCCCAUCUUUGCUGGAGACCGCUUCACCCACGCCGAACCCUCCCUGAUAUCUUCACCACCACUGCCAUCGCCCAGUCAACCUCUUUCGGCCUCGACGUUGACGCCUGGAACGACGUUUGCCCCACUCUCGACCCCUUCCCUCUUCGACCGACCGCCAUCACCCUUGCAAACCGAUACGCCGAAGACCAUCGCUGCCACGGCCGGCCAAGUGGCAUCUCCACAACCUAGCGACUGCGCUCAGGAGCGGUCCGGCGAUUGCCUGGCGCUCCCGUUCGACACCACAUCGCCCGUUCCUCCGCUCGUGAUCGACAUCAGGUCUCUCGAGGCGUAUCUGGCCAUCGAGACUGCUGCUGCCGCUCCCCGAGUCGUAACGGGACGCAUCAGAUCUUCGGUCAACGUCUCUCUGCCCAAGCUGAUCCUUCGGCGGCUCCAGCGAUCGUGCGCGCCAGGCUCAACCGCUAGCGUGAACCUGCCCCUCAAGUCGUUUGUCACGACGGCCAUGGGCAAACGUCGGUUUGACGACAUCCUCGGCACCGUGGCAGGCUACGAAAGGGCGCAGAAACGUCGACUCGUGCGCCCGGCGGACGCAGGAACGGAUCGCACAGAGGAUCGCCACACGGCGGAGGAAAUGUCGACAAUGACGCAGGCUUUGGAUACCGAUUCGCUCUACUGGAAAGCCGACGUCGUCGUGGUCUACGACGAACAAGACCAGCAGCGCGCGCCUGACGUCACAAAUCCCGGCAGGACGCGCGCCAUCACAGCUGCCAAAAGCGAAUCUCCAAACGAGAUCCUGCUGAGGGCGUUAGAGAGGAUGGGGCCAAGCCACGGUUCGGAUCGCGGUGGCGGCGUCUACUAUGUGCGCGGGGGCGACAUGGCGGAAGUCAGAGCCAAGCUCGGUCCGCGAUUCUGGCUCGACUCCGAAGAAGAGGGGGCUCGAGUGCCAGAUUUCGACCGGGCAGAGGCCGUGUCAUCCGGGCAGGACCGACGGGCUGCAUCGGGCAAGACGGCAGUGGGCGCAAGCAGAACCCACCAGCACCACCGGCCCGCUCGACUCUCACCCGCUCCGUCACCGGGGCCUGCCUCCCCACUGAGCGGCGCCUCCGGCACUCUGGCUCCGCCUCUGAGCCUGUCCACGGUCUCAUCAUCCGACGGAUCAAGGAGUCCGCAACACCUCAGCCCACUUUCGGCAAGCCUCUCCCCCUCCGCCCUCUCCCACGAUCCUCAUUCAUCGGGCCUUACCCAUGGCUCUUCGCCGCCUCCGAGCCUGGCAUCAGUCGCGGUCCAGCCUGGGAAGCCCAAGCGGCCAUCUCUGGCGCGGCUGGACACGUCGGAACGGAUACGAGCCGCGGAUGGCUCCUCGGGUUCCGGUGCGGCGCUGUCCAAGAAGUCGCCGAAUGCGCUCGCGCGCCUCCAGCUCGAUACCGCGGUGCCGAGGCGAUCUGCCACCCUCAGCGCGUUGGAAGCGCCGCCGACGAGAAGCCUCUCCAGAGGCUCGAGUCCGCAGGCCCGUCCGCUGCACCUUGCGGCGCCGUCGGCUCGUGCAAGCGAAGAAGACGACGUGCCACCGACGCCAGUGCCUACCGAAUCUCUGCAGAGCCUGUGUCGGCUGCAGGCGCAGCUGCCUCCGUCGGCCUCUUCGUUCGGCGACAUGUCUCUGCCCCCAGGCGCUCGGGGCACGUUCGGGUUCGGUGCUCACGAUGAUGGCGGCCAGCCGUACCCGGCAGACACGGCCUUUGAGGUCUCGACGAUCCUGCCCGGCUUCCUCUACCUGGGUCCCAAUGUCCAGACACGCGGCGAUGUGGGUGAGCUGGAGCGGCUGGGCGUCAAGCGGAUCCUCAACAUGGCGUACGAGAUCGAAGAGGGGGGCGCCGACGACCUGCAGCUGGACCGCCGGUUCGACAGGUACCUCAAGAUCCCUAUGACGGACAGCGUCGAGGCGGUGGGCGUGCAGAAGAGCAUCGACGAGGCGUGCCGCUUCCUCGACGACGCGCGCCUCCACUCUGCGCCCACCUACGUCCACUGCAAGGCGGGCAAGUCGCGCUCCGUUACCGUCGUCAUCGCCUACCUCAUCCACGCCCACCACUGGACGCUGCGCAAGAGCUACAACUUUGUCGUCGAGCGCCGCAACGCAAUCAGCCCCAACAUUGGCUUCGUCGCAGAGCUCAUGAAGUACGAGGAGCGCGAGCUCCACCUGGCAAAGAGCGGCGGCAUCAUCGGCGGCGGCAGCGGCGGCGGCGGCGGUGGCGAUUCCGACGAAGGCGAGGGCCAGACGCCGUCGUUGUGCGACGAGGCUGAGGGCAGCAAGAAGGGUGGCAGAGCAAGGGAACAUGCGAGGGAGUCGAUGCCGCCCCUCGGCCGGCAGGCGUUGGCCGCCCUGUCCUCCGGACUCGGUCCCUCUGCUUCUGCUCCCGAUAUGCCACGCUUCGACGAGCGUCUUGGCGGCAGUGGCGACAUGGUGCAGGGACAGCAGCAGGGACAGAGGCAGCCCAGCGAACCACCCCAUCCAUCGACAGCAUCGGGCGCCAGCCGCGCUACCACCACGACCACCGCUGCUCCCUCGUCGUCGUCGUCGUCGUCGUCGUCGUCGUCGCGGCACCCUUCGCCGCUGCUGGGCUUUGCCGAUUCCCUCGCCAGCCUGGGGGGACCCAACCAGCGCCAGGUCAGAGUCACAGAGGCGGGAGAGGUGCGCGGCCCCGACGGGCGCUACCGCUCUCGGAGGCCGCCGCCCGUCGACGAGGUCAACAUGGCGCCUGGUCGCCGAGCCACCAUGGCCGGCCUUGGCAAGUGA